CGGCACGAGAGAAACAUAUCAAUACGACAGAUCUUUCAAUUUCAAUAAAUCGUCACCCUUUGCGAAGGAAGAACUGCUUGUACCAAUCAUCGGGGAAAUACCAAACGUCUGAACCAUCAAAGAACGGAAAGCAGCUGUAACAAAACGACAGUUACAUUUGAACACUAAACGGGGAAGCAGAAAAUAAACUGCGCAACGCAUACAAUAGCAAUAUUGCACAAUACAGAAUUGAGCCACAAUGAGGAUCGAGAAGUGUUAUUUCUGCUCUUCACCAUGCUAUCCGGGACAUGGAAUCACAUUCGUGAGAAACGACAGCAAGCAAUUCCGAUUCUGCCGGUCCAAGUGCCACAGAAAUUUUAACAAAAAGCGAAACCCCCGCAAGGUCGCCUGGACCAAGGCCUAUCGCAAGACCCGUGGGAAGGAAAUGGCGGUGGACAGCACUUUCGAUUUCGAAAAGAGGCGCAACCGUCCCGUCAAGUACGAUCGCGACCUCAUGGGAAAGACGAUUCUGGCGAUGCGACGGGUGGAGAGCAUCAAGAAGGCCCGGGAACAGCGAUUCUUCGACAACCGGGUCAAGGAUUCGAAGGCCGAAAAGAAACAGCAGGCCCGUGUCGAGAUCGAAAAAUCCAUCGAGCUUCUGGCGCCCGCCGUUGCCAACCGGGAACAGGUCAUGCGCAACGUCAUCGACAGCGCAAAGCAGCGAAUCGCGGCCCGCAAGAAGACGGCAACCCGACAACUGGCGAACGACGACGGCAUGCAGGAGUAGUCAUGAUGCAUUGUUUCUUGCGAUCACUACUGCUUAUCAAUAGCAAUUGGAAGCGCCAAUACUCACUUUGUAUCAAUGCAGUGUUUAACUAAUAGGAUAAUUCUACGAGUAAAGACUGAAGAAAUAUUUCUGUAUAGAUGGUUAUUUGUGGGGAAAUACUCGAUUCGAUACCUUGAGCAACGAACCCGGAUUGGAAAAUUCAUUUUUAGUAUUCAUAAGAUGUUUCUCGAAUACUAACACCUUCUUUGUACAAAUGUGUGCUGCGGAUUUCCCCUCAUAAGCAUCCCACGCCAUUUUUGGUUGAUUAAAUUUAGAUUUAAUAGAGAAUGCCACGAUCCCUUGCUGCGGAGUUAUCUACCGCGUGGCAAAUUACCGAUUCCUUCUCCAUCAAUAAAAAACAUACUACCAUACAGAAAAACGAAACAUAGAAUGUAUCUUCAGUACCGAAUCAAAGAUAACUACCUUAUUCGGUUUUCGAAAAAGAUUCCAACAACCAUACAAAUACAUUCAAUUAUGAAUUACGCUUGGAAACGAGUAGGGGAGGAAGAGGGGGGGGGGGGGGGGCUAGAAUAGUGCUUCAACGCACAUUAUUGCACCAUUUUGUCUUACAUGGAUAAGUAGAGUCCUCGUUCAUAAAUCAAAAUGGAAAACUAAUUCUUAAAAAACAGCUUGGUGACCUUUCGAAGAUAUUAGACUCUGCCCAAAGCCAAGACAAAACAUCGAGGAAACCCGAAAAGAUAUUACAUUGCAUCUGAUGACUUCUACAAGAAAUUGAUUCGUGCGGUUGGGCAACGUUUUGUACACAGUUUGUUGUCGUCUCUCUGUUUCACCAGAUGCGUGCCGUAUCCUCUUUGAAAUGCGAUUCGCUUCGCUCUAUCGAUGACGAUCGAUGACUUCGCAUUCCAAUCAAAUCAAAAGA